AACACACUCACACAGGCAGAGGCAGCUGGUUCUGCCGCACUCUGAGCACAAGGCUUCAUCCCGGCGCCGCUAUAACAGGAUUCCUUUACGCCCUUCUCGGAGCGGCGUCCCAGCCUCCGCAGAGCAGAGGCGGCUGCCCCGCUCGCUGGCGCCGAAGGAAAGUGUGGGUGCCGCUGCUUAACGGGAGGAGAAGAAGGGGCUGCGGCCGCGCGAUCGAGGCUCCGGGAGCGCAGCCGGGGACCAGCCGCGAGGCAGAAGUGCCGGGGGCGGCGAGGACUGCAGAUUUCAUUGAUGAUCUCAGGAGCUUAAGACUGAACUAUUCCUUCUCUUUGGGAUCUCAUUGAUUGCUGGCAUUCAUCCCACCCUGACAUCAUAUUAAAAUAAUCUGGCCUGACUCCUGAAGUCAGAAUGUAUAAGCAUUUGCUACUGCCAAACAACCAAUAGAAGAACCAGGGUUGUUAUUCUGAGUGAAGGACCUUGCAAGCGCUACUAAGGGACUAUCAUGGGCAAAAUUGCAUUUCUGAAGACCCAGUUUAUAGUUCACCUCCUGAUUGGGUUUGUCUUUGUUGUGAGUGGCUUCAUCAUUAACUUCAUCCAACUAUGCACACUAAUCCUCUGGCCUAUAAACAAACAGUUUUAUCGACGAGUAAACUGUCGCCUUUCCUAUUCAUUGUGGAGCCAGUUAGUGAUGUUGCUGGAAUGGUGGUCUGGAACAGAAUGCACUUUAUUCUCAGACCAGGCCACAAUUGAUACAUUUGGAAAAGAACAUGCCAUCAUCAUUCUCAAUCACAAUUUUGAAAUAGAUUUUCUGUGUGGCUGGACCAUGACAGAACGGUUUGGUGUGUUAGGGAGUUCAAAAGUUCUUGCUAAGAAAGAACUACUGUAUGUGCCCAUAAUUGGCUGGACAUGGUACUUCUUGGAGAUUGUUUUUUGCAAAAGGAAAUGGGAAGAAGAUAGAGACACUGUUAUUGAAGGCCUAAAACGACUAUCUGAUUAUCCUGAGUAUAUGUGGUUUCUCUUAUACUGCGAAGGAACUCGAUUUACCGAAACUAAGCAUCGUAUCAGUAUGGAGGUGGCUGAAUCCAAAGGAUUGCCUAAACUCAAAUAUCACUUGUUGCCCAGAACCAAAGGUUUUACAACUGCUGUCCAGUGUCUCAGGGGAACAGUUUCAGCAGUAUAUGAUGUAACAUUAAACUUCAGAGGAAACAAGAACCCAUCCUUACUAGGAAUUCUGUAUGGGAAGAAAUACGAAGCAGAUAUGUGUGUCAGGAGGUUUCCUUUAGAAGAUAUCCCUUUGGAUGAAAAGGAAGCAGCGAAGUGGCUCCAUACACUUUAUCAGGAAAAGGAUGCCUUACAAGAGAAGUAUAAUCAAGAAGGCGUAUUUCCUGGGCAACAAUUUAAACCUCCCAGAAGACCAUGGACUCUCAUCAACUUUGUCUUCUGGGCUACUGUUCUUCUCUCUCCUCUUUUCAAAUUCGGUUUUGGAAUUUUUGCAAGUGGAUCACCCCUUCUGAUUCUUGCAUUUCUGGGCUUUGUUGGGGCAGCAUCCUUUGGAGUUCGCAGACUGAUAGGAGUAACGGAAAUAGAAAAGGGCUCCAGCUAUGGCAACCAAGAAUUCAAGAAAAAGAAAUAAUUUUACAAAUGCAUUUUUGACUAUAAAAGACAGUGGUAUCAAAUUAACUUCAUUGGAAAGAAAGACACUUAGAAAACUUAUCUUUUUUUCUUAUUAACUGAUAACUAAUAAUACUUGAGCCAAGACUGAAGAAUUUGGAAGAUUCAAGAGACAUGGAAAAAGUUGACUACUUACCUGAUUAAGGAUCCUUGUAUUUGUAGUUUUUGAAGAGAAAUCUGGGCUAACUUCAUGUUUUUUGUUUUGUUUUGCUUCGUGGCAGAUGGGAGGAUGAAUUAACAGAGGGAAGUACAAGCAUCUUCAGAUAACUGUUUAUCUUUCAAGAAUGUCACACUUGCUUUGCAAGAGAAACACUUGAAUGUUUCUUCUUGCUAAACUAAAAUCUCUGUUCUUAGGGUUUUUUUAAAAAAAAAAUCAGCAUCCAGUGCA